AUUUGGUGUUUUCCUCUUCGUGAUGCAGCAGAGAUGAUGUUCUUCCCAGCAAAGCUCCGAGCUCAUCACGAGUCCGAUCAAAACCACAUUUCACUCCCCAAAAACAUCCUUCAGCUGACACACAAAUAUUAUUCUGCAAGCCAUCAAGACUUCUGUCAACAUCGCAUCACUCUCUCUAACUCUCCGCUGAAACAACCAAACCAAGAUGACCAAAGACCAAGAGAUGCUACCGUACGUGGGCUUCACUGUCCAAGCCAGUUUGGUCAGGAUCCUGGCGGAGGGCAACGGACUGCCAAUGGAUUACCACGCUGCCGGUGACAUUCCAGCACGCCGGAAUCCGAAUCCAGUACCUCUCAAUCGACAUGAUAUCAACGAUAUGAUCCGCGAUGUUUUGGAUGUACUCGACGAAGACGAUGACCUGAGCGGCAGUUCAUCGUCCACGCCGAGGGCCCACUAUCACCAUGGAGAUGAAUCUUCAUCAUCGUCGUAAGUCAGGGAGAACUUUCUCUCCCCCGACACACACAAGAGUUUUUUGCUUCCUUGGUUC